AGAUUGAUAGAUAAAGAUCGCAGAAAACCCUUGGCCUCUGAUACUUUGACACGUUGACCAUAACCACAUGGGCAAGUGUGGAACCCACGUCCCACCCUUUUGUCCCCAUCAGUACAUAGUUUCUUACAGAAAAACUGACGGUGCUGGGUGAAGCAAGAGAUAGAAACAAAUGCUAAAAGUAACUGUCAGCUACAGUGUUAAUCUCAGAUCGAGACAAUGCUCGACACGUUUUUCAGAUUUUAGCUGACGAAUGGAGACGUUAUACGGCAAGCAGUGAGAGAUCUGAGUGCUUCACAUUCAUCAUCACUCUCAUGCUUGAUCAACUGGCGGGGCUCGGUUUCUUUUGUCACGCUAUGAUAUUCAGGGUAUUCAGUAGAUAAUAACGUUUUAAGGGUUUCUCUGGAAGCUUUGAAGAAGAAAAAGAUACGCGCCUGAUCAUCCACUAUGUACGUACGUUUCUGAUCAUUUAUAGAUGCCAGUACGUGAUAAAUAAUUGAAUGAUUUAGAAUGUUAAUACAAAAUUAAUUUUUCAAUAUGAUUGGUCCUAUAUACCUAAUAUCUUGAUUUUGGUAGGUGGUGGUGCAUGUAAAAAGACUUGAAAGAAUUGAUUACAAAAGUAUACUUACUUUCCGCCUAAAUAAAAAUUUCACAAUUAAACUUGUUUUAGCUAAAGUAGUUGAAUGAUGAAUAAAUCUAAAAGAAUUCAAUAUCAUGAGUACAAAACUAAAACACAAGAAAAAGAAUGCAGCGACUGUAUAAUUAAUAAAUAAAUAUUUUGAAUGCACAGCCUAUUACAUAAGGUAUUACUUACAAGUUGAGUUUAACAUGAUUACCAAAAAAGAAAAAUCAUACAAGUUGAGAGAAUAGACGGGGGACCUAGCUAUGGAUGGAUGGUCAGAGGGUAACAACUAACAACAAAGGUACAAGGAAGAAUAAUUCAGUUGCAAAUUCAAAUUGGUAUAAACGUUGAAUUCAUGACCUCCGCUAGCAUGUUUAAUGGACAAAAAAUAGUGCCAAAUAUAAAUCAUAAUCUCCAGGGCCGGUCCUAAUUUAGGGAUUUGUGGCAAUGUUUAUAUGAUUUUUAUUUUUACAAAUUUAAGGGUUUAAAAAAAAUUUGGGAGCUUAUGUCUGUGUAAUUUGCUAUAAAAAUUUUGGCUAUACGUUGCAAGUUUGAGAAUCGUAAGGGUUUUGGAAUGACUGAAACUGUGAUACGAUGAUGAGUGUCAGUGUGCUGUCUUUGGUCUCUUGAGAUACUCAUAUAAGCAAACACUAUUUUCGUAGUUUCUUUGGUCUCUCAUUAGUUUCAGAUACUUGAUGUUUUUCUUGGUAUGGAGAUCAAGUUGUUGACUCAUUGCAUUUUUUUAAAUGGCCCGUUUUGAUCAUGAACCAAUGGGAGUUAGAUUGUAGAAAAACGUUGUUUCGAAAGAUUAAAUUGUUUUCACACAAAAAAAAGAUUGAAUUGUGAAUUCUUUGGAUAACAUGGGCACGUCGUUGUCGAGGUUGAUUGAUCUUAAAGACAGAGGUGGAUGGGCUCAGAUUAAUCAUACGGUCUUACAGCUUUCCAUUUUUCUGAGCCUAGCCCUAACACAGAAUACGUUAUCCUCUUUGUGUUAAAAAAUAAUAAAUCAUACAAGGCCUAGUGGGCCGUUAAGUUCCCAUAUUAUAUCUUUCUUUUCUACUUUACGAGCCCAACUCGAAUAUGUUCUCAUCCAGGGGGGAGCCACAAUCAAUUAUGGUGGUCCACUGAUAUAUAAACAGAAAGAAAGACAUUAAAUACAAAAAAAAACAUUCAAUAUCAAUAUUUUGGCAAGGUUGCAGAAGUUAGAGCAUCAUUAUCCCACAUACUCAUUUAGGGGUCUUAAUAUUUUUUUAAUAAUUUUUAGUUGGAAAAGUGAGCUUAAGAGACUUAGUUAAGAGAUGGGUAUAUUUGUGUGGUCCAUUGCAAGUUUCUUAUUUUCGGAUUCUUAAAAAAAAUUAUGUGGAACAAUAAAAGAACAUAUAGAGGAGGGCAUGCUUGAUCUUCUCAUUACCUUUACCUCCAAGAAAGUUGCUUUAUGUGUGCGAGUCCAAGAGCUGAAGAACUAUCAGCAACACAAUGAUGGGAUUCCGUAGAGCUCCAUGGUUCUGUCGGUGUUGUUGGAGCAGACAGAAGCAACGAGAGUAAGCUUGAUGAAGUCAAGUCCAAUGGACACUCUGUAACACACACAUAAAAGGAAACAAAUCAGUUACAAAACCAUAAAGGCUGAAACUUUUUGCAAGAAAUCGAGAUUAGCAUGAGUUCCCUCUCUCUCUUAAUCUAGUCUUGAACCAUUAUAAUGCUAGUUACUAGUUACGAUCGAAGACCAGAAUCAACACUCACAAAAACACAACAGUGAUGUCAAUACACUUACUUGCCACAGUCUAAUAUACACAAUCAAACAAUGUUACAUAAGUGCCGCCACUUUUUGUGUUGUAACACGAUGUAUACAUUAAAAAAAAAUGAAUGCUUUACAUCAGUAUCUUUCAGAUAUUGAAUGAUGCAAAAAGACAACAAGAAUGCUAAUUUAACGCAAACCCAUCAAAGGAAUCGAGUCAACGUACUGGAUUAUUGAAGGGAAGCUUGAAGAGAGACACUUCUCAAAACCCAUCUAAAAGAGCCAACUUUACAACAAUCGGUUCCACCGCAACAGAGAGACACUUCUCAAUUCCAAAUGAAGAUCAGUCCCUUAAAGUUAUUAAAAUAUAAAGCUUGAAUGGAUGAAACUCACCAACCGAUUACGAUCCAGCUUGGACAAAAAAAACAAAAAAAAAAUCCAAAAAUGACAAAAUCAAAACCCAAAAGAAAACAUAUACACAAGAGCUAUGAAAACACAAUCGAUUUAAAUAAUUUUGGGAUGAGAAAAAAAAAGAACAAAACUUGAGGAAGAGAAGAGAGUUGCAGAGAGAAGAGGAGAAGAAACGUCUCCUAUUUAGGAGAUAUAAAACCCGUAUCUUCUUUUAAUUGAGAUUUUUCUUUUUUCUUUUAAUGUUAAUUAUGCUAAGAAACCCUACUAAAGACUGGGAUAAUGGUGCUCUUAGACAGUCAAAGGUUAGUUAGUACAUUUUGGUAUAUGUAUUGAUUUGUUCAUCCAGCCAUUUCUUUGGGAAGCUUCAUUUUUGUUUGAAUCUGGAUAAUAACUUUUAUUAAUUACCAUAAACUGUAUUUAGGUAAAUGAUAUUUGAUAUUUAAUAUCGUUACAAUUAGGUUUCUCAAAACAUAUACCUAUGUAACUUUGUAAAAAAUAUUAACUGAACAAGUUAAAAAAAAUUAAAAUUGGCUACUUACUAUUUUUUUUACUAAUAUCAACAUCUAGUUUAAAAACAAAAAAGUUGAUACCACAUGAUUUGCAUUAAAAUAAAAUAUGUACAUAAGUAAAAAAGUAAUAUAAUUUUAUAUAAUUUUACAAAAGUUAAAAACAUGGCGCUGAGUUUAUAUAUUAAGCUAAUUAAUCAUUUUCAAAACUCAUACACUUAAUUUAUUGCGGUAAGUAAAAUACGAGUGUGACUAAUAUUUUUUUCUCAAAAAAGCUAUUACUAGUUGGAUGUAAAUAAAAUAAUUAAAAAUGUAUAGGAGUAUUGAAUUGUUGUCUUGUAUUUUGGCUAUUACUCCCUCCGUUCCUAUAAGAUGUAUGUUCUGAAAAAAACAUUUGUUUCAAAAAGAUAUAUUUUUUACCUUUUCAAUGUAUGAUUUUAUGAAAAAUUAUAAGUUUCAAAAAAUUAAUGGUGUUUAUUGAAUUUCUAUUGGCUAAAAGUUAUGAAUAGAUGUUAUUUACAAAAAACAAUGCAUAUUUAAUGAGUUUUUUUAAUAUAUGUGAAAAGUCUAGAAUAUGCAUCUUUUAAAAACAGAGGAAGUAUUUAAUAAGAUCAGUUAAAAAAUCUAUACAAUUUUUUUUAAAUAACAUUUAUUAUUAAAUAUAUUAAAUUUAUACUCCCUCCGUUCCCGAAAGUAAGAUUUUCUAGAGUUUAUUUUUGUUCUACAAAAUAAGAUUUUCUUUAUUUUUAAGCUAUUUUUGUAUACUUUUGAGAAACAUUAGUUGUGAAUAUUUGAAUUGAUUAAAUUUUAUUGAUAGAUAUUUAUUGGAAAGUGUAUUGAAAAAUAAAUUGUAAACUAAAUUGUAAACAUUUAUUAUAUUUUUAAUAAACGUGAAAACUUUUUUUUCUUUUGAAAAACGUGAAAACUCUUGGAAAUCUUACAUUCGGGAACAUAGGGAAUACUAUCUAAGCUUCUUAAAAUGAGAUAUAUUAUUAUUUUCAGUUUACCAUUUGUUCGACCAUUUCCCAAAGUAUUAUAUAAAGAAAACAUUAGUAAAAUACUAAUGGAAGUAAUAAUAUUCUCUUAAAAAAUUGACUAGUAUAAGCACAAUAUAAUUUAUGUUAAAAUGUAUGAUAUAUAUAUGUGUGAGUAAUAAAUACGUAGUUUUGACUAUUGUGAACGCCGUAUUAAAUAUAUAAAAUUAAAUUAAAAUUCUUGUGAAAUAUUUAAAAGAUUCAUAUUUAAAGUACAAUAACUGUAAUUGGAUUCAUUUGUUUAAUAAAUAAUAAGAAAGAGUGAGAUUUGCAUAGUUGUUUUUUUCCUUUUAUCAGUUGUUAGUUAGUUUGAUAAGAAGAUACAUUUUCUUGAAAAGAUAUACAGCUAUUUUCAAAUUGUUUACAAAAAAAAAAAAAAAAAGGUGAUUUCUUUGCUUCUGGUCAUCCCAUUGUAGGGAAACUCCAUAAUUGUCAACAAGGAAAAGACAAUUUUGGUUGUCACUGGCAAAAAGGAAAGAGAGGAAAGGGUGGAGACUGGAGAGAAAGAGAGGGGUAGGAUGGUAAAUUGGAACAGACGGAGGCACCUUAUAAAAGGAAGACAGAAAUCACACAAACAGGCACCAUCUUCACCGCUUCAGACGAAACUCUUUCUUGAGGGAAAGAAAAAUCAAUAAUUAAUCCGAGGUUAAGCAGGGGAGAAAUGCCCAAGGAGAGACCAGUGCCAAGCAACAUGACAAGAGUGUCACCAUACCCGCUUCGCUCUUCAAGGACUCAAAGAGAGAUCCAACCUGAGUCGCCUAUCCAGACUCAAGGCCCAGGCGAGUGGGAGGACAUCAAGUGUGUAAUCUGCAUGGAACCUCCACACAAUGCCGUCCUCUUGAAGUGCUCUUCUUUCUCCAAGGGAUGCUGUACUUACAUGUGCGACACCAGUGGUCGUCACUCCAAUUGUUUCAAGCAGUACUGCAGAAAAAACACGAACCAGUUCACCAAGGCCAUACGCUGUCCUAACUGCAGAGGAGAGGUUAAAGAGACGAUCAAGGUGUCGGCUGCAAGGAGAUAUUUCAAUGCUAAACCGAGGUGCUGCGCUUUUGACGGUUGCACCUUCUCGGGGACUUACACUCAGAUAGAGAAGCACUUGAAAGCUGAUCAUCCCCGUUACACCAGACCCUUGGUCGACCCAGUGAGAGAGCGGGCGUGGGAUGAGAUGCAGAGAGCUGCUGAGUACACUGAAAUCAUGACUGCAGCGGGUCUUCCGCAUAAUACCCCCGAGCAUCUUAUGCAUCAUCAGCUUCCUCGUCAUCCGGUGAUUCAGAUCAGCGUGAAUGGAGUAGUGCGGAACUAUUUCUUUGCUGCUUUGCCUCGCAUACCAACAAGAGCGAUGGCCAUAGUUCCCAGUUGGACUCCCUCCUGAAGAAUUCAGAACCCAAAAAUUUGAAUGUUGUUCAAAGCUUUUUGAUGUGUAAUAGUUUUUUGUCGAUGUCUCGAUAGCAUCAUUCCUAAUGUUUAAAUGAUUUAGGUUAUCGUAUGUCUCAAUAGCAUCAUUCCUCCGAGUUCAGUGGUGGUCAACGCCAGCCAUGUCCGUCAGGGACCAACCACUUGAAGCUAUAAAUCAUGAAACCCAUAUCGCGCUGGUGGAACUACUAAGUCUACUAGUAGAUUAAAGAGAAGGUUACCUUAAAGUAGUGUAAACAGACAGGGCACUCAAAACCAGAAGGUCAUGCUCAUCCUCUGCCAUUGAGUAAACUCAUCAUAUACUUAUCUCCCUCUCCCUCCUUGAGGUGGGUCAUGCAUAUGGUGGUAAGAUGUUGAGAGCAAGAGUUGCCUUCUUCACCAAAUAUUCUCAUCAGUGAGACAAGAAUCACAGAGAGAGAGAGAGAGAGAGGUUUAGUCUCUAGUAUUCUCCUUGAAUCACACACUAACAUUUGUCCGAAAGGACCCUUCCCUCGGGGAAGUGUAUAUCGAGCAGAGCAAUCAGAAUCAAAUCAAGAGCGCUAUCUGAUGAUAUACUAUCUAUAGAAGGGUAAUGGAAAAUACAUAGCGGAUUAAAUCAACAAACAAUGUGGUCUAGGCUAGGCUAGCUAACCCAUAUCUAUAUAUCAAUCUCAAUCUAGUCUCUCCCUCCCAGUCCCAGCCCUGAGUAGCAUUUCAUUUCAUUUCAUCAUCAUCCAAUCCAACCUGCGAAGCGAUUCGGCUUCUUUCGAGUGAAAACAAAAAUCAAUCCACAAUUCAUCAUUUACCAAAAACCCAGUUUCACGAUCAAUCAAUCAAUCAAUCAGUCAAUCGACGUCUCUAAACAAUGCCAUUCAGAUUCAUAGACAAUCAUCAAUCAUCGCUGUGGAUCGGAUCGAGAUCUGCAGCGAAGCCCAUUUGGCGAGCGGAGACGGAGGAGGAGUGCAGAGAGAAAGGUGAGUGCCGCGAGCUUGAUUUCAGAUUCCAUUUCCAUUGAAUGAUUCUUCUCCUCAUGACCUACGACUUGUCCCGUGCGACGUUUUUUUUUUUUGUACGUGCCAGGUUUUCCCGCAUUUUUUCAUACUCCAAAAAAAAAAA